ACGAGGUCGACGGCCAUGGACGAGACGGUGCUCGACAACGGCUCACUCGGCUCCCCCAAGAUCGUGCUCACCAGUCCCAACAGUCCCGGACGAAAGAGCAUUGAAAUAUUUCAAGACAAUGAUGAAAUAACAGUUGUAAUUAAAGGAGACGUUAGAAUUAAAAAUGAAGGUAGCGAACCAGUAUCGCCAAAUAAGGUGGUUUUGAAUUCACCCACUAGCCAGAAUCAAAGUGGAAACAGUAUGGACAAUAUACUGAAUGGUCAUUUGUCUGAGGACGAGUCUAAGAAGACGGCCAGCGAGUUCAGGAAGAGUCCGUCUGUGGGCCGGAGACUGUCUGACCGCAGAGGGUCGUCUGCUAGUCCCAAGAAGUACACAAAGCUGAGGAAUCUUCUCGACGAAAAGACGACUGUUGAUCUGCUACAUCAAAAAAGUCACGAGGAAGUUCCAUGCACUCCAGAACGAUGCAUGGGAUCCAUCAUGGCCCACAUGACCAAGCGCCCUCCCGGUGUACCGCGGCCGAAAGAUGAGGUUAUAGUGGAUGCAAAAGAUUUCAUCGAUCAGUAUUAUCAGUCGAUCAAAAGGCUAAACACACCCGCUCACCUAAAACGGAUGGAGGAAGCGAUGUCAUCAAUCGAAUCUACUGGCACGUACGACCUGACCACGAGCGAGUUGACGUUUGGUGCAAAAACAGCAUGGAGAAACGCACCAAGGUGUAUUGGCCGGAUACAGUGGUCGAAACUACAGGUGUUUGAUGCUCGGCACAUUACAACAGCCAGGGGGAUGUUUGAAGCUAUCUGCAACCACAUCAAAUAUGGAACAAACAAAGGCAAUCUCAGAUCUUCUAUCACCAUCUUCCCCCAGAGAACAGAUCCCAAGAAAGACUACCGAGUGUGGAACGCCCAACUGAUUCGAUACGCGGGGUAUCGUCAGCCUGAUGGUAGUGUCAUUGGUGAUCCCGCUAACUGCGACUUCACGGAGGUGUGUAUCAAGAUGGGCUGGAAGCCUAAAGGAGGAAUGUUCGACAUUUUACCGCUCGUGCUGUCAGCUGGAGGUCAUGACCCCGAGAUGUUUGAGAUUCCGUCAGAGCUGAUUUUGGAAGUCCCCAUUAAACACCCCAAAUAUCCUUGGUUUGCAGACCUCGGCUACAAGUGGUACGCGCUGCCGGCUGUGUCUAUGAUGGUGUUCGACUGUGGAGGUAUUGAGUUCCCCGCCAGUCCCUUCAAUGGCUGGUACAUGGGAACAGAAAUAGCGGCACGAGACUUUUGUGACGUCACCCGCUACAACGUCACAGAGACGGUGGCUAAAAAGAUGGGACUGGACACGCGGAAAACGUCAUCUCUGUGGCAAGACCGGGCCUGUGUGGAAGUGAACAUCGCAGUCUUGUAUAGCUAUCAGUCUGCAGGUGUUAGUAUUACUGACCAUCACGCAGCCUCGGAUUCAUUCAUUAAACACCUGGAAAACGAACAGCGGCUGCGCGGAGGGUGUCCCGCUGAUUGGGUGUGGGUCGUUCCUCCAAUCAGCGGCAGUCUUACACAGGUGUUUCAUCAGGAAAUGCUCAUGUACAAGUUGAAGCCAUCCUAUGAAUAUCAGGAAGAUGCGUGGAAAUCACACGUGUGGAAGAAAGACAGAGAGAGAACAAGCAAAUCAUUUGACAGGCCAAAACGAAAAUUUGGUUUUAAGGAGUUGGCCAGAGCUGUCAAAUUUUCAGCCAAGUUGAUGGGAAAAGCUCUAGCCAAACGAGUUAAAUGCGUCAUACUUUAUGCAACAGAGACUGGUAAAUCAGAAAGAUUUGCCAGAACUACGUGUGAAAUAUUCAAGCACGCCUUUGAUGCUAAGGUGAUGUGUAUGGAUGAAUAUGACGUCAUCCAUCUUGAGCACGAGGCACUAGUUCUGAUUAUCAGCAGUACGUUUGGAAACGGAGACCCGCCAGAAAACGGAGAGACGUUUGCAAAUGCUCUUCUGGAACUGAAGAAUGCCGAUGGAUCCAAUAGCGAGAACAUGAAAACGGCUUCCUACAUCCGGAUGAGUUCACUGAGUGAAAAGGAAGUCAAGAUGAAUGGCACAAAGCCCGAUGCAGACGACAACCUGACAAUGGACAGCGGCCCGUUAGGAAAUGUCAGAUACUCGGUGUUUGCGCUCGGCUCGCGAGCCUAUCCCAACUUCUGUGCGUUUGGCCAUUACCUUGACAACGUGUUGCAUGAGCUGAGUGCCGAGAGAAUCGUCUCGGUGGGGGAGGGGGACGAGAUCUGCGGUCAGGAGGAGUCGUUCAGAAACUGGGCUCAGGAGGUCUUCAAGGCUGCGUGUGAAACCUUCUGUCUAGGUGAUGACGUGAACAUGUCCGAGGCUACAGACGCCUUGUCAAACACAGACCUCAACUGGUCUGCCGCCAAAUUCAGAAUCACACCGCUCGAAAAGGAGAAAGAAGUUGACAUAUGUGAAGCUUUAUCCAAACUGCACUCGAAGUCCAUUCGACCUUGCAAACUGGUAGAAAGAAUUCAACUACAGAGUACCGAAUCUCCACGGCAGACUAUUUUGGUGAAAUUGGAUCACGGUGGGGCGGUGGAAUUACUGUAUCACCCAGGCGACCAUGCAGGCAUAUAUGCAGCCAACCCACCUGAGUUGGUCAAUGCUAUACUGGCUCGACUUCAUAAUGCACCACCUCCAGACCAAGUUAUCCAAGUGGAAAUUCUUCAAGAAAAGACAACUCCAUUAGGUACAACUAAGGCGUGGACACCAUUCGAGAAAAUGCCGAGAUGCAGUCUACGAACGGCAUUUACGCGCUACCUGGAUGUGACGACGCCCCCGUCACAGUCCCUGCUGCAGCUACUGGCUACACAGGCUUCACGUGACGCAGACCGCGAACACCUCGAGCAGCUGGCUACUGUGUCUCAGGUGUAUGAAGAAUGGAAGUACGACAAAACGCCAAACCUGCUGGAAGUUCUUGAUGAGUUUCCCUCGUUGAAGGUUCCUCCAUCGUUAAUUAUGACUCAGCUUCCACUGUUACAGCAGCGUUUCUACAGCAUCAGUUCAUCCCCACUGGUUACGCCAGACCAGAUCCACGCAACCAUAGCUGUAGUACGAUACAGAACACAAGAUGGUGCCGGUCCCAUGCAUGAGGGUGUGUGCUCCGGAUGGCUGAACCGUUGUGAGAUAGGAGAAAUGGUCCCAUGUACAGCGAGAGCAGCUCCUACCUUCCGAAUGCCAGAGGAUAUGACGUUGCCGAUCCUCUUGGUGGGACCAGGCACAGGAAUAGCUCCAUUCAGGAGUUUCUGGCAGCAGAGAAAAAUUUAUAUGGAGAUGCAUUCAGUUCCUACAAGUGGUGAUAAGAAGGGAUGGGGUGAGUUUAAGCUAUACUAUGGUUGUCGUAAACGAACAGAAGACUACAUCUUCGAGGCCGAGCUAAAGCAGAUGAAAGCAGAUGGGGUCCUUACGGACUAUUACACUGCUUUGUCAAGGCAGCCAGGAAUGCCCAAGGUCUACGUUCAGGACCUUCUCCUGCAAAACGCCGCGGACGUCUUCAACGCCAUCGUCAAAUGUGGAGGACACUUUUACGUGUGUGGAGAUGUUGCCAUGGCGUCAGAUGUUACCACAACGUUAGAAAAAAUUCUUCAGAAAGAAGGUGACAUGACAACGGAAAAUGCGAAGAAAUUUAUCCUCAAGCUUAGGGAUGCCAGUCGAUUCCAUGAAGACAUUUUCGGCGUUAGCAUUCAGAGAAACUUUCAGAAGACUGAGCGAUCACGUGACCAAUCUCAGAGAGCAAUGCAGUACAUAAAUUCUACCGGGAAAGUGUCGAAGCCAGAUGCUGUUAAGACGAUUGCAACCCCUAUCCGAACUGUGGAUCGAAGAUAUGGUGCGUCUAAGCCGAAGGCACCGACUAAAAACGUGUUUAUGAAACAUAGAAUUGAACCUGAAGGAGAGAGUGGUAACACAGCUAUGACAUCAGAGAAAUCGGGGAAAAGGACGUGAGUUUUGUGAUAUGAAGUCACAGACACAGACUUGCAGACUGGUUACUGAUUCUGUGAUAUGAAACUUGCUGAAGGCGGAUAUGACAUCGUACCAAAAAUAUGUUGAACGUAAUGUGGUAUAUCAGUCUGGACACUAUUCGCUGUAGGUGACUGGAGAGGAGGAACAAAAUAAGUGUGUUUAAUUUAACUACAUAACAUUGACUUAGACAGUUCAAUUAUGAAUGUU